CCCAGACAAGGAUGAACGCCAACUUCCAAGAUGGCGGCGGAGGGAGGAGGGAAGGAGACGAACGAAAUUAAAACACAAUUCACCACGAGAGAAGGCGUCUACAAACUCCUCACGCACUCCGAAUACAGCCGGCCAAACAGGGUACCGUUCAACUCCCAGGGCUCCAAUCCAGUUCGGGUUUCUUUUGUCAAUGUGAACGAUCAGUCUGGGAACGGAGACCGGAUCUGCUUCAAUGUGGGCCGGGAACUGUACUUUUACAUCUACAAAGGCGUGAGAAAGGCGGCUGACCUGAGUAAACCCAUCGACAAAAGGAUCUACAAAGGGACGCAGCCAACGUGUCAUGACUUUAACCCCGUCACUGCCACGGCCGACAGCGUGUCUCUGCUUGUUGGCUUCUCCGCGGGACAGGUGCAGCUCAUCGACCCUAUCAAGAAAGAGACCAGCAAACUGUUCAAUGAGGAGAGGCUGAUAGACAAGUCCAGAGUGACCUGUGUUCGAUGGGUGCCAGGCUCAGAGACUCUGUUCUUGGUGGCUCAUUCCAGUGGCAGCUUGUAUCUGUACAAUGUGGAGAACACGUGUGGCACCACAGCUCCUCACUACCAGCUGCUGAAGCAGGGAGAGAGCUACAGUGUUCACACCUGUAAGAGCAAGACCCCCAGAAACCCACUGCUGCGCUGGACCGUGGGCGAGGGCGCACUCAAUGAGUUUGCCUUUUCUCCGGAUGGGAAGUUCCUGGCCUGUGCCAGUCAGGACGGGUACCUGCGCGUGUUUGGCUUCGACGCAGCGGAGCUCCAUGGGACCAUGAAGAGUUACUUUGGGGGGCUGCUAUGCGUGUGCUGGAGCCCAGACGGGAGGUACCUGGUGGCAGGCGGAGAGGACGAUCUGGUCACAGUCUGGUCUUUCUCAGACUGCAGAGUGAUCGCUCGGGGACAUGGACACAAGUCCUGGGUGAGUGUGGUCGCAUUUGACCACUGCACAUCGAGUGUAGAUGAGGGGGCGGAACUAAGUGGCAGUGAUGACGACUGCCCAGAGCCCCCUUCAGGUAGAGACAGUCACUGCGGCCUCGCACACAGAAACUCCACAGACAGUCGGCCGCUCAGUGUCACAUACAGAUUUGGCUCUGUGGGCCAAGACACACAGCUCUGCCUCUGGGACCUCACUGAGGAUGUGCUGUUUCCUCACCUGCCCCUGUCCCGCACUCGGACUCACACUAAUGUCAUGAGCGCCACCUGCCUGUCGGCCAUGGGACAGACUGCUGCUGUACCCCCCUCUGCCCCCUCUUCUGCCCCCUCUUCUGCCCCCACCUCUGCACCUGGGGUCAACGGCAAAGACGACGGGAGCAACAGCAGCGCCAGUGGCAACUCUGCCAGCUCCCUCUGCAACAGUCUCCCCCACUCCACCCCCACAGGCACCUCCCCAGGCAGCAAUACUACUACCACUACUACUACUACCACUACAACGACUACUACUAAUACUAUUACUACUAAGGGGAACAGUUUAUUAGACAGCUCUUUUAUUGCCAGCGGUGUUAGCAAGUUUGCAACCCUGUCUUUGCACGACUCUCGAAAGGACCGUCACGAGAAGGACCACAAGAGGAACCACAGUUUGGGAAACAGCCGGAGUAGUGACAAACUUCUCACGCUCGGCUCUGCUUCACGGACCAAACCAGAGCCCAUGAAGACCCUGGGCACCAUGCUCUGUCCGCGCAUGGAGGAGGUGCCCCUGCUGGAGCCGCUGGUGUGUAAAAAGAUCGCCCACGAGAGGCUGACGGUGCUGAUCUUCCUGGAGGACUGCCUGGUCACAGGCUGCCAGGAGGGCUUCAUUUGCACAUGGGCGCGGCCGGGGAAAGUGGUGAGCGAUCGGGCUGUGGAGGAUACGCUCAUGUGACAGACGGCAUUGACCCGAGGAUGAGAUGAGAAGAUGAAAUUUGCAAUACCUACUACGUAAAGGUGCACUGUGUAUAACUUUGCUGGUGGGAGGGGUCUUAGGUCAGUCACAAUAACAAAGUCUUAAGCCUGAUAUAUUGCUACAGAGAAAUAUUGCGAUAGUAUUGAAACUACUUUAUGCCACUGACACAAUAACAAGAAAAAUAAAUAAUAAUCCUCACAUUUCAGUUUUUAAAUAUAAUAUAUGAGCUGCAACAAAUAAAUAACAAUGAACUAAUAAUUUGUUUGUUUAUAUUCGCCCCUCUGCAGCUCAGAUCUUACCUUUAUUACAUAAAGUUGCAAAAAUCUCCUCAUUAUUGCAAAGAAAUUGACCCAAAAUAUAUUGUUCCAGCUGUUGUAUUGAUAUAGUAAUUAUCGUGACAAACCUGGGACAGCUACCAGCUUGGCAUGUACUUCACCAGUAAAGUUACAUAGUGCUGCUUUAAAAUGACAAGCCAAUUCUCCCUGUACACAUUUGAUAAUAUUUUAAAAUUGAAAUUGUACUCACAAUAGGGCUGAAUGAUUCAAUCGAAAUUGCAAUUUGAAUGGCGGAAAUUAUGUACAAAUUUAAAACUGCUGUUAUUUUUAUUUAUAAAACCAGCUGCUAAGCUUGUAUUUGAGACUUCUACAAACAUGUUCUGAAACCAUUUUUGUAUUAGUUUAGCAAAUGUUGUGUUCUUCCAGAUUUGAAUUUAAAACGCACAUUGCCGACGUCUACUUAUACAACAAAAGACUAUAUAUAUUGGAUGAUUAUUUGUCAGCAGUUUUUAAAUUAUUCAGCCCUAACUCCUCCUUUGUGUUAUUAAUGCGUCGUUGUCUUUCUACACUGCAAAAAUAUAUCUCGAUUUGUUAACAUUAUUUUAAUUCAGAAUAGAAUUUUUAGUUUGACUUGACUAGCUCAAAUAUGCAAGAUAAUUUGACUUUGAAGUAAUUAUGCUUUUUUAAAUAUUGCUUCUCAUUUUAAGCAAAAUUAUCUGCAAAUUUUUUAAGUUUUUGUUAUAUAUAUAUUUUAAACCUGUUUAGUGGAUUAGUCAUUAUCACUCUUUAUACUGAAUUAUCCUCAUCUAUAGGUCUUCCUCUUAUAGGUACAUGAAACUAUAUAUCAAAACCAAAUACCAAACAAUAUUGCAAUUUCAAGUCAACUUUUAUAGAUUUUUUUUUUUUGCAGUGUAGAGAUACAGAAAUUAUAAAUGUUUUCAGCACCUAUUAACUGCUGUCUCUUUAAAUUCACUCAGCAAUUUGUCUAAAACAGGGUUAUAAUAUAUUUAAAUUAUUACUUUCCCAUCUCAUGUCAAAUUCUAUUAUUUUCACAGCAAAAAAACUAAAUUGUGACUUCAGAAUCUUAAUUUGAAUAGUUUAGAUUUAUGUAUUUAUUAGGCGUAGAUUAUGUGCAAAGCUGUUUUACCCCAACAUUAAGAAGAUUGUGUGUUUUCCUGUUUAAUAGAAAUAUGCUAAAGGAAUAUCCACAAAUGUUGAAGCUGAUCUUUUAGAUUAAACACUACAUGGAUGUAGGAGACUGGGGGGGAGAGGGUAAUCAAGGCCCUAUAAGUAAUGCAAUCUAAACUAGUCAAAUCAAAACAAUAUUCUGAAGUAAUUUUAACUCGUGAUUUUUGUUUUUGCAGUGUGUACGCUGUAAAAAUGUCUACCCAGUCUUUGUGCCUGUAGGUCUGAAAUGGUGACUCUUCUUCCAUCUAAAUGUUGAUGUCAAAGAUCUUCCCAAACCGUUAUUUUAACAAUCAUUCAUGCACAAAGGGAAUGGACGAAGGAAUGACCACUACACGGACUAUUACAAUCUCAUUCGGGGCAAUCAUAUUCUGUACUAAAGAAUAUCAAGUUGACAUGACUUGAAUUCUGACUGUUCAAUUUAUCACGAUUGACCUAAAGUGGAAAUAGUUUUUAAGAUAUAUUUUUCUUAAUUCCAGUUUAAAGGCCCCUAUUAUGCUAUUUUCUGAUCACAGUUUCCGCAUCACAAACAUAUCUAGACUUGUUUUGUUUCAUUCACACAUAUUUAAAAGACAAAUGCUGCAUAUUUAGGCUGAAAUCUUCACAGAAAACACUCUGUUCCACCUUGUGAUGUCAUGUGGGAAUAUAGGAAAUGCUUCACUGUGUUUUUAAGAUCCACACUUUGAGCUUUGGAGAUACUCAAACAUGUGAGAAUGAAACAAAACACAACUCCACGUAUAUUUUUGAGAAAGAAGAAACAUAACAUAAAUUAGAAAAUGGUAUUCUGAAUUCAAGUCAUUUCAACUCAAUUAUUUGCACAGAUUUUGUCAUUUCUUCUUGUUAUGAAAUACGAAUACAUUACAGUGGACACAAGCAAAAGUAUCAAAAGCACUGGGGGAUUAGCUUGUUGUCGCCCUCUAGUGUCAAUGCUGGAUGCUGCAAUCGUAGUUUUUUAUACAGAUGUUCGAAUAAUUUGCACUUAUUAAUAGUUUGGUAGAGGAGUAUGGCUUUACAAUUUACAAAACAUAUAAAUAGAUAAAAAAAAAUAAGUUUGUAUCUAUUAAAGGUUUAUUUUAAUAUUGUUUGAAAUUAAAUGAGCUAUGUAAAUAUGUGUAAAUAACGGACUUGGGUGAAACUAGUUGCGAGUUUUUGACAGGAAAUCUUUAGGUGAUAUUGAAUUUUGAAUAUUCAGGUGAAACUGUGUAUUUGCUGAUGUAAAUAUAGAGAUUUCAGGUGUAUUUUUAUGACUUAAAAUAAUAAGUUUGGUAUCGGAGAGGUCUAAGGAUCCUCUUGUUAACAGGUAGGACUACACUGCACAAAUAUGUCUGCAUUAGUUAAAAUGGCUUGAAUUGAGAAUAUUAAUCUUGAUUUAAGUGCUUUUGACUAAUUUGGAUUUCCCUGUUGAUUUUACUUAAUAUUUUUGCGUAAUCUCAACAUUAUUUUUGAAUUGAACCAAUUACUUCAAUAAGGCAUUCCUUUUUUUUUAAUUUCAUGUGCAAUUUUCUAACUUUAUGAUUGGAUAUUUUUGCUUAAAGAAAGAAUCAAUGUGUUAAAACCAAUCAAAUAUUUUUUUAACAGUUUUAUAACAAUUUGGGUACAACAGUAAGAUGAUAAUGUACUGGUAAAAUCUACUCAAAAAUUAAUAUUAAAAUUCUGAAUUCAAGUCAUUUUAACACUGAUAAUAAACUUUUGUCAGUCACCUUUUUGAGCUCAGGUAUUGUAUUAGAAACUGCAGUAUAGCGCCACCUGUUGGGGUGUCUGAAUCUCACCUGGAUUAACAAAUCCAUGAGAUUACUGUAAAGAAAAUAUAUCUACACCAGUAAAAUGACUUGAAUUUAAAUCAUCUGAGUAGUUUUGAUUAAUUGAUUUACUACAUGAUUUGGCAUUUCAAUACAUUUUUGAUGAUUUCACCAUUUUGUUUUGUUUUUUUGGUUGGUUGUUUUUUUCAGAGCAAAAUCAAGAAGCCAGCCAAAUGAGUAAAAUCCUUUUUCCAACAAUUGCACUUGGAAUUAAAUUAAAAUAAAGAAGCAAAUUAUUUUAACCUUGUAAUUAAAAAAGUUAGCUAUAUUGAAACCAGUAAUCAAAUUAAAUCCUACUAAUUCAUGUCAUUUUACCUCCUGGUGGCUAUAUUUUUUGCGAUGUGUACUCUUCUGCAGACAGGGCUAAAUGUGUGACUUGGUUUAAAUGCUGAAUAAACUGACACUGUGUGAUUUACCAUAGGAGCAUGAGGAGCCUCUUCCCCUCGUGUCAAGCCUAUUAAAACUGCUUCAGAUCACUGGA